AUGGGCAUUAUUUCGGGGUCUCCUUGGUCGUUGUUAGCGGGAAUCGUGACCGCACUCUGCCAUUCCUCAAUAAGACAGCGGAGGGUUCAGUUUCGCGGCCUCGUCGAAGAACUGGUGAUAGACGAGUGUCUUACAGUUCGGGCACAGUGCUUCCACAGGAUUUCUAGUGGCACGCCCGUUCUAACGCAUAUGGAAAAAGUGAAAGAAAUCAAAGGGCCGCUACAUACAGGUCAGAAUCCUAUGCAAGAUAAUGGAACUCCUCUGACCUCAAUCCAUGACGUCACAGCGAAUCAACCUUCAGACAGCAGCAUUCACAAUGAGAAUGAGCCCACGUAUAAACGCCAACUCCGAUAUGCCAAACAGUUACUGAUGCUUUUCCUCGUGACACAAGGACACGUGAACUUGGGGAUGAUUGUUUCAUGGUCCAACUCCCUCGUGUCAGACAUUCUGGUUGAUAACUCCACUCUCUUCGGGAAUCAGAUUGCGUUCGCUCCCUGGGAGAUGGACAUGACAGGCAGCCUGCUCUUCAUCGGCACAGCUUCCACCUUCCCCUUCGCCGGGUGGCUGGUCGCGAAGGCAGGUCGUCGUCGGCCGAUGAUGCUGACCUGCGUACCGGGAGUCGUCGGCUGGGCCUUCUGCGGCCUCGCCUCCGACCAAAGACUGGUUCUUGUCGGCAGAUAUUUCCAAGGUGUGAGCGGCGCCAUCCUUGGAUCUGCAGUCCGAACUUACCUGGUGGAGGUGGCUGACACAGGCAUCCGCGGCGCCGCCAGCAUGCUCCCUGAGGUCAUGAAGGGUCUGGGGGCCAUCGCCAUCAUCGCCGCCGGUAUGCUCAUGCCCUGGUACUUCCUGGCCUUCAUGUGCGGGGCGCAGUUUCUCUUUUACAGCUGCCUUAUCGUCCCCUUCUUACCCGAGAGCCCAACCUACCUGGCUGUCACGGGCAAGGAAGAAGAGGCGCGUCAGGUUCUCCGUCGACUUAGAGGCCCGGCGGUCAAGCUCGACAAAGAAAUUCAAAAGCUGAAGGAAGAGAAUCGCUUUUCCUCCAACGACAGCUCCAUCUGGACAGUCUUCUCGGAUUCCCAAGUUGUGAAACGCAUUCUAAUCAUAACUGGACUUUUCUUCAUCACUAACUUCAGCGGGAGCGAAGUGAUCCGAGUCAAUGCCACGAGAAUGCUGCAAGAGUCAGGUCUAGCCAUGGACGGGGAAAUGAGUACCAUCGUCGUGUUUUCAGUCUUGCUGUGCGGAAAUAUCGCCGGCUUUUUCCUCAUUGACCGGCCUGGGACGUCGGUGGAGCGUGGUGUUCUCCUUGAUCCUCGUGGUGAUCGCCCACGCUGCCAUGGGCGUCUACGUGUAUUUCGACGAAGCGGCUGAUGUAUUCACUACGGUUAACGUCGUGACACUGGAGUCUGGCAAUGUAACCAGCCGUUUGAAUGAAUAUUUAACAGGUCAAAGUAUAAGUACAGCAGAUUUUACUUGGGUCCCUCUCGCAUGCCUCAUGCUGGCUGCUUUUAGUGCCAACCUUGGCGCUGCCCCAGUGCCCUGGAUUUUGUCUGUCGAAUACUUUCCUACUGCGAUCAGGUCCCAG